AUGGCAGGAAAUAUUACAGCAGUAAAAUUACGGCGGUUUAUAGAUUCAGCACCUGAAAUCCCAACAGGGAUUCUACAUCAUCAAGGAAAGGAUGUUUGUGGUUACUAUCCAGGUCAACUGGCACGGCUUUAUGUUGCAUAUCCUCCUGAAGGACAGGCAAAACUUUUCACAAAACUGCAGCCAAUUCCAGUAAAACAUGAAACUGAGCCUCACCAUGAAUAUGACCACCACAUUCUGAAGCAGUACAUUCGCUACCAAAGGAAAAUGAAGAAAGUCCAUGACUGGCACACACAAACCACAUAUAGAGAAGCAUUCACAUUACCGGUCUUCAAAUUAGGUAGUGCUGAUGAUGACUAUCGCCCAAGAACUGAGGCUGAAUCACUGUCGGUUUGGAAAAGUGUUUCUGCCAAGAGGAGGGGAGGUAAACCUUCAUUUAUGGGAGUUUGAUAAAUUCUUUCAUCUAGCAUUUCUAGAAAGCAACAUGGAAGAUCUGGUUCAAGAUUGUGUCUAUCAAAAGUACUAAAACUGUUGCUAAGAAUAUAUGGAUGCUAUGGCAAUCUUAAGCACAAACUACGUGGCUUCGAAUUCUUUGAAAAUUUGAUCUAAAAAUGGAAGAACCUUAAAGUGGCAAAUAUCAAAAUGAAACACAAAGCAAUAGUAAAAUAAUAAUCCUAUUCAAUGUAAAGCUGGAGUGACAUUUUUAGAGUGCAGAAGUUGGUCACUACAUAUAAGAAGCCUCCUUUAAUGUAAAUGUAAAGCAGGCAACAUUACAGAAUCUAGGAGUGUUUAAUUAUAAUUUAAUGGCUUCAUUUCGAGGGAUUUCUCAUCAGCUUCCUUUCCUUUUGCAUGAAGCAUUACAGUAAUUCUGGAAUUGAUGCAUGCAUUAUAGAUAUUAUUGCUUUUGUUUGCAAUUUCACUGCAGGGAAAUAUAUUUCAAUGUACCAAACAACACAUCUUUGCUAUUAUCAUAACUUCCCUCCCCAUUAUUCUCUCUCAAUUUUUAAUCUAAUUAUACAAGUGUAGUGCAAACAUGAACAAGUAAAUACUUUGCAUUUGUUUCCUUUUAUUAUGAAAAAAUGCAUGUAUAUGUACCCCUAAGCAUCAACAAGUGGUUUAGAAUCUCUACCAGUACAAUAAGAUUAAACAAGUUUGUUGUUAUAUUCCCAAGCUCAAUUUGCAAAACAGUUGGUUGUGGGAGUUGAAGUCCAAAACACCUGGAGGGCCAAAGUUUGCCCACGCCUGCAGUAGAGUCUGGACACAGGAAGCAUAGAUCAAUACCAGUCAACUGAUUGAUGUAACCAAGGAAUGAGUGUCCUACUCAUCUUGUUGCUAUUAAUAUAAUUACCAAAAACACCCCUUACCAGUGUUUCGUAUUAGCAAAAUGAAAUGGACAUGACCUUUCUUCCUAGAAUGCAACAUGGCAACACCUGUCCUCCAUACACACCUUUAGCAAGCUGUAAGGAUUGAUUGAAAGAAAGAAAGAAAGAAAGAAAGAAAGAAAGAAAGAAAGAAAGAACCUAGACUGUAUCAGUACUAAUCCAGUAAACAGGGAGGCAAAACUUCAUGCAGAAGUUUGAAUAGGGAGAAUAUAAAUAAGAUCCCCUUAAAACUUAUUCAGAAUAAAAACACAAUAAAACCACUCCAACUUUAACAGUUGCAUUUCAGCAAUCCGAAAAAUAAAACUCAGUACAACAGAGGAUAACUGGUUGAGAAAUGUCCGCUCACUACAGUGUACUAAUUUGAAAAAAAAUGGUUAAAAUAAGAAGAAAAACAAGGAUAUUACCAGAUUUAUGUUCAGGAGCUUUGAUUAGGUAUUGCUCAAGCUAAAUAUAUUAGAGAAAAGAGGACAGACCACUUCUAUUAUCUUGAAUGAUGAAAUUAAAUAUUUGUUUUCUAAUGUAUCUUUGGUUUACAGUAAGGCUUUAGAAAAUCUACACUAACUUGGAAAAAACUAGAGCCCACAAAUUCUUAAGCUUGGGGACACUAGGAAGUGACCUGUGGGGGAACAUUGUUUUUGUUGUUGUGUUCUUUCAAAUCAUUUCCAACCUUAUGGCUGCCUUAUCAUGUGGUCUUGUUGACAAUUUUUAUUCAGAAGAAGUUUCCCAUUGCCUUCUUCUGGGAACUGAUAGAGUAUUACUUUCUCAGUAACACCCUGUGGGUUUCCAUGGCUGACCAGGGAUCUGAGCACUAGUCUCCACAGUCAAAAUCCAAUGCACAAACCACUACACACCACUAGUUCCCUUUAAGGGACAUAAGGAGCUACAAUAAAGAGUCCAACAAGCAAUCCACUCAUAUAAAUGCUGGUUGCACAACUCUAGGUAAUGCCACAAACUCCUAUUUUAAAAAACAUGGCUAGCAAUGGAUUGGGUAAUCUGGGAUUCCUAAAUACAGGCAGUCCCCGAGUUAUGAACUAAAUAGGUUCUGUAGGUUUGUUCUUAAGAUUCAUUUUGUAUGUAAGUUAAAAUAGGUACAUUUUUAAGUGUAACUGCAGCCAUUUUUUUGAAGUUUUAGAUAGUACAGGGAAAAGUUAACUUCCCUGAAAAGUUUAUUCUGCUGUCUGUACCCCUGUUCAGAAGAUUCCCCUUCACUUUCUGUUCCUGUGUAUUUUGAAAUGUUUUGGGUUGUUGUGGAAACAAGGGUAGCUUCAAUGGAGACUCCUUUCCCCCAUGAUAGGGGGUGGGUCUCCUCUCACUUCCUGUUGUCUCACUCCCAUUUGUAACUAAAUCAUAUGUAAUUCAGAUGUCUAUAACUCAGGACUGCCGUUGAUAAGCAGCUGUAUAUAGUGACAAAGUUGUGCAAAGUAAAUAACUGAAAAUACCCCAGGAGGAUGGAUUCAUUGGAAGACAAGGGUUUUGUAAAAUUACACUCAAGAAGCACCAUGUUUUUCAUUUAUCUUGCUUGGAAGAAAAAGCUACUUUCCACUUAAAUACAAUGUACACCUUUUUGUGAUUAUAAUGAUCCCUUAGAUUGUUUUACUUUAAUUACCUCACAAGCUUACUCAUAAUAAAUUUAUUUCUUCCUUGAUUAAUGAUCCUAUUGUAUGUUUUUUCAUUCUCUCGUC